GUUUCUUCAAAAGUUCUGCGAGAGCUCGCGAGAGAGUGAGCGACGCCUUUAGUAGUGUAGUAGGCUGUGACUAGUGUUGGAAUAUACGAUUUUCGGCUGUCCGCGAUGUGUCAACAACGGGAUUCCGAACGACUUUAGCGCGAAGUAAACGAGGAAAAUCGGUGAAAAGUGCUUGGAAAUGUCCGGAUCCGGAUAUGGAGUUCACUUAGUUCAUGAGGACCUAUUUCGAUAUUGUCUGCUGUGGAUGUACCUUCUAGGAUUUGGUUUUAUGGCCCUAUCACUUGAACCUGGAUUCUUGGAUUUCGACAAUCUGCCAGACACAAAUUUCACGUGCGUGGGCAAAGUCAUAGGUGGCUAUUACGCAGACCUGGAGACGAAUUGCCAGAUGUUCCACGUUUGCACCAUCGGCCAAUUGGACGAACCCAUGGACAUUCGAUUUUUGUGCCUGAACGGAACAGUUUUUGAUCAGGAAACUAGAGUCUGUGAAAGGAUAGACGAAGUGGACUGUACAAAAUCUGAACAAUUUUAUAGUUUAAAUUUAGAAUUAUAUGGAAAUAGUCAACUAUCUAAUUUAGAAGAAAAUCCUGAGACUGAACAGCCCCUAAUAAUAAAAUCCACGCCUCCGUCGACGACCACGCCUACCUUGGCCCCGCCCCGCUCAUCCUCGCGCCCCGCCUACUUCACAACCGCCACGCCCACAAACAAUCCACGACAACAUCAGCAACAACAACAGCGUCUUCCCUCCCACCACUUUCCAAUCGUGGAUUCUAAUACGUCACCGGACAUUCGUUUCAACCCCGAAGAGAUCAACAUCAGCCUCAACCCCGGCUCACCGCCCAACAUAAGGACUAACCACCCCCACCCCGUGUCCUACUACAGCGAUAAGAAAGUGAUUGGUACGGGGGCGGGGCAAGUGGGAGGAGCCAGUACUGGAAAAAGUGAGAGGGGAGGGUACGAUGGGACGAGCGAGGCUGGUGACUCCUACGGGGAUGGGGAGUUUGGGGGGUACGGAAGAGUGACGCCUCGAGAUGUGAAUUUCGGGUUCAAGUUCGGUGAGUUGAGAGAGUUGAAGGAGGAGGAGGAAGAGGAAGAGGAGGAUGAGAGUGAGGACAACUACCGUUUCCAGACGCAAUUCAAGCCUAGUCGACAAUACGAAGCCCCUCCACACAACUCCUCUCCCCGUCAAUACACAUCGAGCACGUACCGAAACAACGAAUUCACCUCCCCCACCACCGCCAAAAACUACCACCACCACCAAUCGCCGUCUACAGCUACCACCACCACCGUUCGCAGCUACUACCCCUCGCCCCUCACAGCUCCUGCAGUCGAUCGGAAAAAUCAUUACGAGGAUCACAGCGAACAGAAAAGUCAGUACGCGGAUCACGGCGAGCGGAAAAGUCAGUACGAGGACAGGGGUGUGCCUCAGAGGAUAUCGUUGCCUUUGCCGACCUUGACUUUCAGUACGCCGGCGCCGUUUUCGUUGCAGCGGAGGGUGGAGCAAAAGAGGUACACUAAAGAUCACCUACCUCCACCCCGAAUUGUGAUCAGCGCCAGCGCCAGCGUGAGUGACGCCAGCGGCAGAAAGUUGAACUACUCGCUGGGUACCAUAGACACCUCCCCUCUACUCAAACAACCUCCAGCCACCUACGACGAAUACAAAGACGAGGACGUCGUUUUGGACCCCUUCUACAUCGACGUCCAAAAACUGAAAUCGGCAAAGAGAAGGAAAAGAAACGCAGAAGAAGAGAAAUUCAGCCAUUAUGAUAUCAUCAAAAAUGAUGAGGAUGCAGUCCGGGUGUUGAAGUUUCUAUUUGAUUGGUACCGGAAUGAAAAAACCAACCCUUCGAGGUUUACAACUCCUCUAACCUCGCAGAGUAUAACCGCCAUAAAUGACGAGCUGUCACCUAGAGAAGCAACAAGUGAUUCGCUGGAAAAUGACAGGCUGGACUUCAAAUCGAAGUCCAGCGAUGUUUUCAGUAAAAACAGCAAAUACAGCUUGGUCGGCCACGAAGAAGUAAGGAAAAUCAACGAUGUCCAGAAACGGUUAACAUUCCAAGGGACUGAUGAUGACGAGAAGGACGAACUUUUCAAACACGAGGAAGACUACAUCAAUGAUAACUACGAGCCUGCAGCUUACGACCAUAAGUAUGGGAACCACGGAUUCGAAUAUAACGAUGGAAAAGACUCUGAUGAAAGGUCUAUUCAUGAGUUCGUGAGGUUGAACGAGAAAGCAAAGAAUUUUUCUGUUCCUGGUGACUAUGUGGACGAUAACAUUGAGCCGAUUUACUACCGAGACCAAAUCGACGAGUACAGCAAAAUCUCCGAAGAUUUUCCAGUCGCUGACCACUCUGAAAACGAUACAAACGAACUGGAGCAGUCUGGCAACGUCGAUAUGUUCACGAGUACUACUCCAGAAACCACUAUUCCGACCACUGAAAUAGUUGAGACCACUGAAAAAUCGACCACUACCACUACCUCGAGAAGCAGAAGCAACAGAAGAAGGGGCAGGAGAAAGUAUCAAACUGAAUCGAAAGAUAAGGAAGAAAACAAGAACGCACACAUCGAGAAAUUAAUCGAGAAGCCUUACAGAGCGAAAGACGAUUACGAUUAUCUCAGAACCGUCCACAUACACACAUCCAGUCCGAAAAUAGCAACCAGCGAAACGAGAACAACACUAGAAGAGUCCGAGACGAAAUCCACAGAAACACCUGUUGCUCAUACAGAAACACCUGUCGCUUCUAAAGAAAUCCCUGUGGCUCAUACAGAAACACCUGUUGCGUCUAAAGAACCAUUUGUUGCUCAUACAGAAUCGCCUGUUACUCUCAGAGAACCAUCUGUUGCUCUAACAGAAUCACCUGCUGCUUUCAAUGAAAUACUUGUUGCUGACACAGAGUCACCUGCUCCAGUCGAAGAAAUACUCAUUGCUCAUAGAGAAUCGCCUGUUUUCUUCGAAGAAAUACCUGUUUCUGAUGAAGCACCAUCUGUCUCAUCUACAGAAAACACGAAUCCAAAGCUGCCUGACGAGGUUUUCGAUGACGUUGUCAUGAUAACAACCACUACCACUACUACAGAAUCCUCCAGAUCAAGGAGUAGUAAGAGGAGGAGGGGUAAACACAAGUACCAAGAGGAAACGUAUCAAAAGAAGUCUCAGAGGCGAAGAAAACCGCCGAAGCCUCCAGAAGCUGAAGUUGCCACUGGCCAAAAGAUUUCUAGUCUUGAGUAUAUUGGCUCAAGUCCUGGUCUGAGCCUAGAAGUUUCCACCAGGCAAAGCCCUGCUAAGAAAAAUCUGAGUUUUGAAGUUACCCCGAUGGAAAACCACUUUGACUUGUCGGUAGCGCUGGAAACGUUACCUAAGUCGAAGCCAGCUAAGAAUCGCAGGGGUAGAAUGAAGUUCCUGAAUCCAAUUGAAGACCUAACUGAACAUUUCAGGGAACCUUCAACGGAAUCUCCAGCACGAUCAACUGUUUUACCGGCAGCAACUUGGAGUCAAGAGGUAGUCCUGGGAACGCCGAAUUUAUCCUCUACGGAAUCUUCGUACCAGUUGAACGAUUCUGUGCCGAACGAAAGUUUUCCUCAAGCUACUUCCACUACUCUGCACGAAAACAGUACUUACGCUUAUUCUAAACUUUUGGAGGAAGUUUAUGCCACUGCUUUCGUGCCCACUAUCGAGUCAGUACAUAUAACGAAGAAGAAACAGUUGAAAGAUAACCUGUUGAACUCGGAAUUUCCCACAACCGAGUCUAAUCUGGAAGUGAACACGAGAAGAAAUACUGAUACGACUGAAUAUUAUACACAGAGUACCGGGGAUUUUUGGACAACAGAUUUACAUACUGUCAUUGAAGCAGUCGAGUCAUCGACCAAAAGUUCUUUUGAACCUGAUUUGUUUACACAAAUUACUGAAGGAAAAGACGAGGUUGAGAGUACCGUUGAGCCAAUGACGUCAGAAACGACAACUUUGUACAAAAAUCAUAUAUUUUCCAAAGGCAUGAACUUGGUCAGCAUAGUCGUUGAAGAAGAGUCAGCAACUGACACUACUUUAGCUCAAAGUGACUUUGAAAUGAGUACUGAAACGUUCCCAGUAACGCAAACGUCGACACAACUGGAACAUAAAGACAUAACCUCAACGGAAACACCUGUUGUUCACACACAUACACCUUUUGCUUCCACAGAAACCCCAACUACUAUUCCUCCUCCAACUCCUCUUGUUACUUCAACAUCAACUGAUAUUGAUUCGACGGAUACAUUUCCGAAAACAACCAAUUCAUUCAGAAAUCCAUCUGUUUCUUUCACAGAUAUAUCUCUCGCUUAUAGAGAUACACCUGUUGCUCAUACAGAAACACCUGUUGCAUUCACAGGACCACCUGUGGCUUCCAGAAUCCCACCUCUUGGUCAUUCAGAAACACCUGUUGUUUUUGAAAAUGCAACUGUUGCUUCUAAAAAAACAGUAACACCUAUUGUUCUCAAAGAAACACCUGUCGCUCCCAACGGAAGACAUAUUGCUUCCACAGAAACAUAUCCUGUUCGCGAAGAAAAACUUGUUGAUUCCAAAGAAAUACCUGUUUCUUCCGAAGAAACACCUGCUGCUUUCAAAAAAUCACAUGUAACAUCUACAGAACACAUUCACAGAGGAACGCCUGUUGUAUUCGAAGUGACGCCUGUUGCUUCCAAAGAAACAACUGUUACUUUCGAAGAAGCAUAUGUAACAUUCACAGAACUGCCUGUGGCUUCAGAUACACCUGUUACUCAUCCAAAAAAACCAUUGGCUUCCAAAGGAACACCUAUUGUUUCCAAAGAAACACAUGCAAUAUUCACAGAAUCAGUUGUGACUCCUAAAGAUCCACCUGUUGCUUUCGAAGAAACACUUGUUACUUCCACAGAAACACCUGUUGCUCAUACAGAAAUUCCCGUACAUGUAGAAACCACGACGAGUACCGAUUAUACGCAGAUACCGACGACUUUCGAACAAACGACCUUAUCAUCUGUCGAAGAAACGACAACAGACCAAUCAACGACGACUAAAAGACCUCAAAGAAGAAGGGGGGGAAAUCCUACUAGGAGGAAACCUACUGGAUACAGUAGGUACAAGCACAGAUUCGUCGCGGAGAAGGAAACCAGAAAAGGAAAAGAAUUUUCGACUGAUUUUCCAUUGCGGAAAAGUGUGAAUCCGACUCAGGCCGAAAGGACUUUGGUGACCACUCCUCUGUCGAGGAUGACGGUGACAGUGAGGAAACACUUUUUUUUCAAUUGUUUCGGUAAAGAGGUGGAUAAGUUUUAUGCUGACAGCAGGGACUGUCGGCUGUUUCAUUAUUGUACGCAGGGGUAUAAUGAGAAUCAGCUGUUGGACAUGAAGUUCGUUUGCGAUUUUAAUACGUUCUUCGAUGACGAAAAGUUGAUUUGUACAAAGACAAAACCGAAAAGAUGUUUGUAAAUAUAUUUUUUGUUGUUGGCUGUUGACGGAGUGUGAUUUUUUUUACUGGAAUUUCGUAUUUUUCUAAAACGUACUGGACGAGAUGAUUUCUUUGUUGUAAUUAUUGCAUAUAUUUUGUUAUGGAAUACUCAUAGAUUAAUAUAUUAAGUUAAUAAAGAAUGAAAGCCUGAAUAGGCGAGUGG